UCUUAUUUGUUUCACACUUUACGUUUUCAUACACUGGAAUGAAAUUGAACUACACACGUGUCAUGUUCACGCAAACAGACAUAUAUUUUUAAAACAUGACUGUACACCGAAGAGGAAUCACUAAAAACUCAGAAAGUAGCGCCAUUGAAAAAAAAAUUAAGAGGGGAAAUGCACAAAGACAGGCCUCUUCUUGGAAAGAUAAUGUGACCAUCCCGAUUAUGAUAUUGCUUGCCACUGGAUUAGUGAGCUGGAUGUAUUACACGUGGACUGAUGACAGGACACAAACUUUGGUUUCAAGAGGGGAGCUCCUCACUCAGGCCAGAGUCUUCACUGUUGACUGCUCGGAGGACUACAAGAAGUACAAAGUCUUUCCAGGUUGCACACCGACUAAAUGUGGCAGAGCCGUUUCAGACAAUGUCGUGACUUUGGAGGAGGCACAAAAGCUGAGAAGGCUAGCUGAGCAAGGAUUAUCACUGGCUGGAUCAGAUGGUGGGGCAUCCAUCCUGGACCUUCACUCCGGGGCUCUGUCGAUGGGGAAGCAGUUUGUGAAUGUCUACAGAUAUUUUAAGGAUCAGAUAAGAGAUGUUUUCACUGAGGAAGAUUUUCAGCUAUACAGUGAUGUCCGUGGGCGAAUUCAAAUGGCGAUAGCUGAAACUUUUGGUCUGGACUCCUCACAGAUGUACCUCACCAAACCCACCUUCUUCUCACGCAUCAACAGCACAUCUGCCAAAACUACUCAUGAUGAGUACUGGCACCCGCACAUUGAUAAGGAGACCUAUGGAUCAUUUGAUUACACAUCAUUACUGUACUUAUCCGAUUAUGGUGUGGACUUUGGCGGUGGUCGGUUUGUCUUCAUGGACUCCAGUAGCAACAAAAGCGUGGAGCCACGUGCUGGUCGGGUAUCUUUCUUCUCAUCUGGUUCUGAGAACCUGCACCAUGUGGAGAAGGUCACAUGGGGCACACGAUUUGCCAUUACAGUGUCCUUUACGUGUGACCCCGACUACGCCAUCGAUAACCCCUCCCUGCCGUAAGAUUCACCUCACUCAGUGGGUGAUGGGUGACAGGAACCCUGUGGCACACACACACAGGAGAAAGCUGAAAGAGUCAUCAGGCACAUUCAGCAGUUUGGAUGGAAAAAGAAUCUCCUAUUAACUCAAUUGAAAAAUGGGAUUUGCUGUACUGCAUUGGCUUUUUUGUUUUUAAUUUAAAAGGCAUUUUGUGUUUUGAAGAGAUUUGCUACUAUCAUGUCGUUGAUACCUUUUGUGGAUUUGACUUCUUUUUAUAACAUUCCUGGCUUUGUCUCACUCUUUCAAUUCUUUUAUAUUAUAGUUAAAUUAUUGUCUAGACAAGCAAUGCAGGGAUGACAGUACAGGUGUGUGUAAUGAAUUGCAGACUCAGAGAUUGGGUAGGGUUAUCGAAAAUCUCCACUUGUGGCAUUUCUCGAAAAGCACAUUGCUUAAAAAUACUUUCUGAAACCUCAAGGUUCAGAUAACUGUGAGAGCCCAAAAGAUAAUUUAUAGAAAAAAGUUUAAUCAGUAAUGCACUUUACCCUCUUUGAAAAGUUUCCAAUCUUUUUUCAAAUCUUUUCUACAGUAAUGUAUCAUUAUAUUCACGUGUUUGGUUCAUUUUAACACCUCUGUUGUUUUCCAAUGCCAAGAACACAGUUUUGUUUUUUAAUGAAUCACAUAACACAUUCCUCUCUACAGUUAAUUCAAAUUGUUGUGUUAGUGAAUUACAUUAACAUCAAGAUUUUCCAAUCGUGAUGAACUUGUUUAUGACAACUUGUUUUGACAGCUAAUGGCUAAUUGGCUUUUUUGCAGACCUAAGGGUCAAACUUGCAUGCUCUCACAAUCGAAAAGAAGGUUGUUACUUCUCUCAUGUCAAACAGAAAUAAAACGGUUACCCUUGAAAUCUCCUUGAGAGUUUUCCUUUUGUAAUUGUCAAUUGCAAGCUCCAAAUCUUUUAAUACAAAUAAAGCCUGUUUUUGAUAUCCAU